AUGGCUGACUCGGAAGAAGAAUUAGAUAGACGCCGCAACAGAGAGAAAUUUCGCCGUGAAAGAAGUGAUCAUGAUGGAAAAAGACGACCUGGUGACAAGCGAGAGCCCUUUGAUGAUAGGGUCACUCUACCUACCUCAAAUAACUGUCCCGGGUUUGUUGGGACGAAUACGAAUAGCUAUAGCCGGGGUGAACGACGACCUUACAAUUCAAACAUAGCGACGCGUGAAAGACUUUCCCCAACUGGUCGGGAACCGCCUUACAAGAAGCCAAGAAGAGACUGGAACGAUGAUUUUACUAAUAGGAACUCUUACAGGCGACGCGACAAUAGACAGGGUGGAGUAAAUAUUACGGAUGGGGGAACUUGUACCGAAUUUGAUCAAGCGUGCUUUAGAGCCCCUUUGAUGCCUUUUAAACGUUUUCUUGACCCACUUGACGACUUUGUAACCAUGGAAGAUGCGUGCGAAAAAUAUCGAACAUACAAGACUGCGUUAACAAAAAAGCAGAUCGAUGAUUUUUUUGAAGCUCACAAAUCUGAAGAAUGGUAA